AUGAUCGAAACAUGGAUCGACUCUGGUGAAGAGAACAGGAAAGGAAAUGUGCCACAAUCGAAAAUGCGUUUCACAUCGAUUCGAAAUUUUGUCGCAUCAAUAUUCUAUGUCAUUGGCGGAUUGUUGUUGUUGGUGUUAUUGGUGGAGAGAUUGCCGCAAGGGGAAAAUGAUGACAUUGUGAGGGAAGAGCCAAAAAAGGUGCAACAGCCAGAUGCCACGAUGACAAUUCGAACACCGCACAAUUAUCCAAAGAGAAAGAACAUGGAAGCCUGCGAGCAUCCAUAUGGUCGAGUGAAGAUCUUCAUCGCCUAUCAGAAUGGAAGCUUUCAUCACCGCUAUCGAGUCGCUCAACAAACUCUGAAAUGCUAUCUCCAAACCACCAACUACGAGCUACUCCUCGUCGAUCUCUACAAUGAGCCAAAAGUGAAAAAUAACUGUGAUCGACACAAAGAUAUCAUGUUCCGAAGACAUUGUGCUCUGUUGCAAUAUUUGAAUGAUACCGAUUGGAUGUUAGUGAUGGAUGCGGAUACAGCUGUCGUAAACCCGGAGCACUGUAUCGAAGAAUGGAUCGAUGAUCGAGUGAAUCUCAUCUUUUACGAGCGCUUCUUUAAUUGGGAAAUCACUGCUGGGAUAUUUUUGGUAAAAAACUCGGAGUUUGCCUAUGAUUUUAUCAAGCGAUGGUCAAUGUGGGAAUUCGAUCAUCCGAGGAUUCCAUUUGGGACAAGUGACAAUUGUGUAUUGCAUAUGCACACCCUUCAAACGAUCUUCAACAAGACAGCCCCAGCUGCUGUAAAUGUUUGCAAUAAAAUCUGGCACAAUACGACCGGCUAUGAAAGUUAUCUGGCUUUCGUUUUUUGCACAAAGAUUAUGUUUGGAGCAAAUCGUUUUUGGCCGGGAAAGCUGAAAAUUCUGCCAAGAGCUCAGGGAUUUGCGAGGGAUUCGUUUAUCAGUAAUGACAAAUUUCAUACGAGCGAUUUCAUGUUCCAUGGCUGGAAAUUGAAUGAGAUUGGACAGAGUGGAUGGAGAUCGCCAUUUGAGAAAAUGCCGGAUUUGAGUCAAUGUGCUGUGGGGACAUUGAAUGGAUGGUUUUAUCAUAACAAUUCUCGUCUUUCCACAAAAGAAAUCUAUGAAAUGUUGCUGAAUUUGGAUCGGAAAUUCGGCAGUGAAAUCAAAAAUGUAUCUCGGGUGAUUCCAUGGUCGUUUGCGAGUGAAAUGGAGGACUGUUUCCCAAAUUGUUUCUUGGCA